AUGCUCCUGUCGCCCACGCUACUCGAGACCAUUGCGACGUACCUGCCUUCCGAAGGCAUGAUGAUGGCGUUUCUGGAGGCGCUACCCAAGGAGCGGCGCACGCCGGCGCUGGAGCUCCUCGCGACGCUAUCGCAUGCGCUAGGGCUCCAAGUCCUCUGGCCCACGCUGGACAUGGUAGUGCUCGUGCGGCUUGCGAACGCCGACAGCAUACUCGCCCAGCUCCUCAGCGUGAACCCGCGGCUGUGUAUCGCUCCAGUGAGCGCUCGGCCCAUUGUGCCAGUAGUGGUCGCCACGCCACCGCGCACGUGGCCGACGCUGCGCCAUCUCUCGCUCACGAUUGCGACAUGGACUAUGGACUUGGCUGUGCUUGCGAACGUCCAGCAAAUGUUCGUAGCGAAUGCAGCGUGCCUCCGAUCGAUCGACGUAAACAUCACGGCGCUGCCCAUCCCGGCGUCGGACGGGCGAUACGCCACGCAGAGCACGUGUCUCGCUGCGCUCGUGAACUUGCUCGUGUCGACGCCAUAUGUGACCAAGGUUGCGUUGCGUGCUACGUUCAAGGUGCCCUUCCCAGAGACAGCAGCGAUGGCGCUCGCACAAUGGAUUGACGCAAUGCCGCUCACGUCCCUGACGAUGAAGAACAUGUACGAGCUCUCUCCAACGCAACAACUCUGGACGAAACCUACGCUCGUGUCCCUCGCACUCCCCAACACUUGGCAUCGACUCGAUAACGGCAGCAGCGCCAUGUCGCGCCACCUGACGCACCUCGAGCUCGGUCUUUCCGGCCCGUCGCCGAUGCAGGACGUUGUCGGCAUGCUCGUCCAGAGCCCGCUGCAGUCACUGCACUUGUGUCUGUCCAACGUGGCAAGAGACUUUGACAUGGCAUCGACGCAGCUCUUUCUCGAAGACGACCUGCCGCGCCUCGACCAGCUCACGACCUUGCGCUUGACCAACGUCCGUCUCACGACGACCCACUGCCUCACGCUUGCGCUUCUUUUACCGCGCUACAAUCAUCUCGGUCUUACGUCCAACAGGAUGGGCGACGCUGGUGUGCUUGCGCUCGCACCGUUCCUUCGACACUCGUCGCAGCUCAAGACUCUUACGCUGGUCGACCAAGGCUUUGGCGACGUUGGCGCGUCGGCGCUCGCAACUGCUCUGGUGCACACACCGCGGCUUCGCACGCUGGACCUCGGCCGCAACGAUAUCACGGCGAGCGGUGCCAUGUCGCUGAGCUGCCUCUUUCCGAAUCUCCCACGGCUGGCGACCUGGCGCUUGUGCAAUAACCCGCUGGGCGCCAAGGGCCUUGUGUUUCUUCUGCGAGCGUGGACGUACGUAAAGUUUCCCACCGCAACAUUGCUUGACGCUCGCGGCUCGAUUGACUGUGACGAUGACCGAAGGGACUGCGACGCGCUCCUCUCGGACCUGCCGCGUCACCGGACGUGCUGGACAGCGUUCAAGCCACCGCCAGUCGAGACGACCGAGACCGAUUUCGUCGAUUUAGACGUCGAUGCGCCGCUUGGGCCUAUGCUGCAGUCCUUGGCAACGGCGCUUGCUGCGGCGGCCGGCUUGUCGGUGCGAUGUCACGCGUAA